GCGUGGUUCCGGCUGGAUUCGUUUUGCAGGCUGUUGGGGAAUACUUAAAACUGGCGCAGAGCCUACACAAGAAUGUGCAGUUUUCAGAGGGGCGGAGACAAGCUUGCCUCACAUCCAUAGUGAGGAAAGCGGCGUACAGGCAGCCUCACUGUAGGCUGCUGCAGGGACUUGCAUAAGUUUACAAUAGGGAACACAAAGCUUCUCUCUCGGUUCUUCCCGGCCAUAAUGGGCGGAUGUUUUUCGGUCGCUCAGACGAGUCACACAGCCCGGUAGGCAUUUGUGUCCCGAUGCGAUGCUGCUGAACUAACCAGAAUCGUCCACGGUGGAGUGACACUGGGACUCGAACAAGUGACCCGCCUAACAUAGUUAAAAGUGCGGCUAUUUUGGAGAGACGCAACAUUGUACCCAGGAGGAAUCAGCGCAUGGUCACAUCCACGGACCCCAGCCUGAUAUUACUGCGCGUGAUAUUGCAGAGCACCCUCCGCGGCUGCUUCCCCGUGGGGCGGCUCUGAAAAGUGGACCGUCUGGUUUGUUUUCUCCAUCCACUUCGAACCUGCAUGGAACAAAGUGUGCUUUCUGAAACAUAACCUGCGGUCUUGAGGUGGAUCCAGGCGGUUUGUCAGCGUGGGGUUUUAUGUGGUAACAUUGCCUGUCGAGAGUCCAGCUCCUGCCGACCUGCAUCAUGAGGACCACCGAGGAUGCAGAGGGCUUUGACGGCGAGGCCUCCAACACCUCCAUGAUCUCCGGGGCCAGCAGCCCGUAUCAGCCCACCACCGAGCCCGUCCUCUCAAGGAACGUUAUGGGGGGGAUAAGGUGCGACAUGGAGUACCUGAAGUCAUACUUUGGGAUUUUAAAGGUGGUUGAAGUGGUCCUAUCACUGAUUGGAUUCAUCUGCAUAGAGACUAUCAUGAUGUGUUCUCCAUGCGGGGGGGUCUACUUCUUCGAGUUUGUCAGCUGCAGUUGCUUCGUGGUGACCGGAGUCCUCCUCCUCAUCUUCUGCCUCAACCUGCACACCAAGGUGCCCCACGUCAACUGGAGCCUCACGGACCUGGUUAACACAGCGGCCAGCACCUUCUUCUUCUUCUUGUCCUCUCUCGUGUUGGCCUGCAUCAACCACAACACUGGAGCUGAAAUAGCAGCUGUGAUCUUCGGCUUCCUGGUGACAGGUGUGUACGGAGUCAACUCCUUCCUGGCGGUACGGAGGUGGCGCCGGGGCAAUGGGUGUCAGGGGGCGGCUCAGACCAGCGAGUACAUGCGAGCGCGCACAGCGUCUCGUGGAGAAAUGGAGGCCAGACCCGAGCUUGCAUGAAAGCAGGCAGAGAAUCAGACAGACUAAAGGAAAGACUAAAGGAAAGACACACUACCAGCACCAGACUGAGAUGGAGUCUGCCUUCAGAUCAGCAUUUCAUUCAAGUGUCCAGUGGAAGGGCAUCUCCAGCUCACCACAUGCUUUUGACUUCUCAUCAAGUGUUCAUUUCAAAUUCACAGAUGAGCUCUAUGGUUUGGUUCAUCAGGCCUCCGGGCUUCAGUGACACAUACAGACUCUAAAGUAAAGAGCUCCAGUCAGAAGUGAAGGUAUUCUCUGUAAAACUUUUCAUCCUCAUGUUUUUCCAAGUCAGCAUGAAGGAUGACUCCAACGAAGAGCCAAAACUAAAAAUGUCUGACUACACUCCAAUGCGCACUAACUCCUGUUCUGGCGUAGGUGUUGACUUUUUAGAAGGUUUUGUGUUUCACUGUGAAUGAAGUUAAAGAAGGUCAUCUUUUUGUACAGUUUGCUUAUUUUGCGCCGAUGUCUGUGAAGUCUGUGGUAAUAAAUGUAGCCGUGGAUCCAGGACCUGCAGCAUAUAGUAACCUGCUCCACGACAGAGGCACCACGACAUUUACUGUUAUCUCUCAGAUACUGACUUCAGCCUUUGGUUAUCAAGGCUGACAUUAGAUAUUUGAAUUUUAAGAUUACACAUGCUGUGUGUGUUUCUCCUUUGUCUACACUAACUUUACAAAUGCCUCUAACACCGGACCUCUAGCUGCUUUGAAUAUCUCUGCUGCCAACACGUAAACAGUAACAGUACAGGGUCACUCUUAACUGCAAUAAAGACAGCAGUGAAACAGAUUCAACACACAUUCAUCCGAUGGGAUUGACACAAUAAUGAGACCAAACUAAAAAUCCGUAAUUUCAUCUUCCUUAUCUCAGGUUGUGGUAACCAUCAAAAAGAUAUUCACACUAGCAUUCCUAACAUUUUAAUUUCAAGGUCUGUGUUGGGUCAACAUUGUGAGGCAGGAUUAGGUUGUAUCAGGUGAUCAUAAGGUAAUUGGUAUCUUGUGACUUUUGCACAUAUCUAUGGCUUCAGGUUACACGUAUGUUGAUGGUACAUCAGCGACAGUAAUUGAGAUGGUGACCUGGUCAGGAUCAAAGCCCCCAGCCUAUAGACUGAAUCUCAGGUAUUGACACCCUCCUUCCAUCUUGAGUCUAAAAAAAGGAUUUGAAAUUGAAUCACAGGUUGCCUCGUUCUGAUCUGCAUUUCUUUAUGCCAUUAAAACCACAAGUUAUGAUAUGACUGUCACAGAGUUUUAGUGAAACUUUAAUGAUUUUUUUAAAUGGAAGAGUCAAGUUAAGGAUGCAAAUACGGUACUUUUAGCAUAAUUGUAAAAGCUUUCACUCAGUGUUUGGUAGAAUAAGUGUAUCUAUGAAUAUUAUCACACUUCGUAUAAUGAAAAUAUUUAUAACUCCACAAUGCAGUUGUCAUGAAGCUCUAUACAUGCAGAGCCCGAAACAUAUUUGCUAUUCCUUAAAUGCUUUUUCUGUUUGACCAGUUGACUAACAGGAGGAUACAUCUUGGAAAAUUAAAUGCUUUUUAAAAUGAAGAAAGAAAUCAACCUAAUUCUUGGCUUCUUGAUGCUUUGAUAUUAUACUAUAGUCCCACAUGUGUGUUUUCUUUGUUGUUUGAGACCUCUUUAAAGUCUUCUAAAGUCUCUAGAUUGACUAUGGCUCCAUCUCCUGGUGGUCUUCUAAAAUGCACUCCGUGUUGCUGUACAGCCUGAUACCCUCACUGGUGUGUGUUCAUAAGAAGAGGAGCAGAUGUGUGUUACAUUUGAAAUAUAAACUGUAAGACUUCUUAAACAGCUUAAAAGGUUCACACUAUUGUGUGUUUUUAGUAAAUUAUAUUAUAAACAACAGCUUUUUUCCUGGUUUAGUGACUGAAGUACUUUUCUGAACAGACAAUCAUGUGUUCACUUUGCAUUCAUAGUUUUUUCUGAGUGAUGUAAAGAUAUUGACAUUUAGUAACACAAUCACUAUUCUAUUUCAUAAUAUAAAUUGACCAUUUUAUCCAUUAAAACUAUCAAUAUUGCAGCUCUAUUUAGAACCCUAUGCUGUAUUAGGAUUUUACAUAUUUAUGGGAAAGAGAAGAAAUGCUUUCCACAAGUUUCCAGGUGCUUUAAACCGUGAAUGAUCAUUAUGAUUGCUAGAAUGAAAUUGGAGGUGAGGCGCUCUUUUGUUUCCUUUUAAUCCUGUGUGCUUUGGUUUCAAUAACGUCUGUCCUUUACAGCAUGGAGCCCAACUUGUACUUGCUAUUUGCAGUAGCUGUAUUUUUGUAUUUAAACAUUCACAAAAGGCUUCACAUCAGUUUACAGUGACAAUUUAAAUAAAGUGAUUUGGACAUUA